AACCAUCCACUGGUCUCCAGUAGCAGUCGUGCAGCGCAGAUCUGCAGGCCAGGGCCUCAGCACAGACCAGCAUGGUUCACGAUUUUCUCACGUUAUGAGAGAGAGUGGAGAGAAUUGCUUGUGAGUGAAGUGCCCAGACUGCAACGGCAUCUACUUUCCCUCCCUCCUUGACCGACGUCUCUUGGGACCUUUCUCUCCAGGACUAAACUUGGAAUUACCUGUCCUGGAGCAAGAGCGGAUGGAGCUGGGCCACCGAGCAGGUACAACCACUUUGACCAGGCCUCAUCUGAACAACAGCAGGGAAGGCCAGCAGGACACGGACGCCUGGAGAACUGCCCAUAGCCCCUUGGAUACCUCCAAGUUCAAGUACCAGGUCCCAGUUUCCCCGCAGCCAGCCCUGUACGGAGGAGACAGCCCCCGAGGCAGUUCCCUCAGGCAGGCCUCCAUGGAGGAGAUCCAGCCUUCACCCCCGACGGCUGUCAGCAGGGACUCUUCGUGGAGGGACUCACAGCUGGGAUCUCUGAAGAAGGAGAGCUACAGACCCCCAUCGAGGCAGAGCAGGGCUUCCUUCCAAGAAGGGGCUCAGCCAUGCCGGAGACGGGCAGAAGACCCCAACUCGGGGUCCCAGGGCCAGAGUAGCAGCAGUAUUCCCAAAAACAUUCGUCACAAGUUUGGGAGCAACGUGGUGGACCAGCUUGUCUCCGAAGAGCAGGCUCGAAGGGCCAUUGGUGAAGCCUUGGAGGGCCAGAAGAGGGCAAGCUCAUGGCCCAGCAGGAUCCAGAGUCCUGUGGAAAUCACCUCCAUCUUUUCAGACUACUAUGAUCUGGGAUACAACACGCGGUCAAACUUGUUUCAAGGGGCCCCACAGGAGACGAAGAGCCUCAUGAAGGCCUCCUAUACCCCCGAGGUGAUUGAGAAAUCAGUGAGAGACUUAGAGCACUGGCAUGGCAGGAAGACGGAUAAUCUGGGACGGUGGCACCAGAAAAAUGCGAUGAACAUGAACUUGCAGAAAGCACUGGAUGAGAAAGAAAAGAGCAAAAACAAGAACUCGAAACUCUAGAUACAACCCAGAAGUGCCCUACCUUCAGAAAAAGUGCUAAUAAAGAAAAGCACACGUC